AUGGUCGCCAUGACACCGGUGGAGUACGCAGGCGGCGAGCGCACCGAGGUUGCCCUAGACCUCGACCGAGGAAACCUUCACGUUUACCACGCAGCGCGGGGUGAGGGAAGAAGGGACAAUCACCGGGUCGUGCCGCUGUCGAAGGUGAGCGCAUCGGUCGCGAAACGAAACCCGAAGCUGGUGGUUCUCCGUUGGUCUGGCCGACACCUCGCAACUAUCGGCCAGGGUGCCUGGAGAGAUGUAAGCGGCCGGAACGCGGCGCACAGGAAACGUCUCAAGGCAGUCAGCAUAACCAGCAGCACUGCCUGGAACACCGGGUCCGUUGCAAAAGAAACGCCCCUUCUUCCUUCUUCGAGUGCGGCAGCCGCGGGCGCCGGCGUGGCGUCGGCAGGUUGGCUCAACCCCGGACCGGAAGACGAUGUUGACAAGAACUUUGCGAUAGAGGCGUUCAGCGUGCGUGCUCGCAGCGGCAACAGGAGCUCGCGCCCGAGUCGCGUUCCGUCCUCGGCGCGGAGGUACUUCCGACAAGCGCUGCCUGCGGUAGCCAGUGGCAGUGGAGGCGACAGGGGCACCAUUUCCGCCCAGGGCAACAACAGCUACAGUAGCAGCGUAGCGUGCGAUGCGUCCUUGGAACCUCGCCCUGUGCGUGCCCCGCGCGGAUGGCCUAGCAUGGCGGCUACGGAAGGAGCACGAACGGGGGCGGGGGAUGGUGUGGCUGCUGCUCCUGAUAAGGGUGUAAGGUUCCCAUCCUCGCAAGGAUGCGACAGCAGCGGCGCCUUGCUGAGACCAACGCCGCCCGCGCAUGCAAGAAAUAUCUCACAGUCUUGGCGUUUCACCACCUGCCCGCCAGAAGAAAGAGGUGCGAAUAGUGCCCCGACGGUUGGUGUUGCUUGUAGCCGUGCCAGCCCGCUGUGGACGACCCGUACAGUGUCAGCGUGCCGAACCGAUGGUGCCGCAAUGACGCAGGGGGGAGAGGAGGACGAUUGGGUGCCGCCGUACGCCAACCAAGACGACGAACUAGAUGGAGAUGGAAAUGGAGAAGGAGAAGGAGUAGGGGGAGGAGGAGGACGAGCAAUGAAAUCGAUCGCGGCAGCCCUAAAACAGGCCCAAUUAACGGAAGGCGACGACGGGAAGAAAAGAGACGGAAAUCCGACGUUUGUCGCAGCUCUAUCUUCCGCCUUCGCGAAACGCGUGGUCACAGGGGUGACCGCGAGCGCAGUCGCAGCGGAGGCGCGAGCGCAGCAAGAAGGAAUCGACCGUGAUGGUAACGAGGACGAGUGCGGCGACCGCCACAUCGCCGCCCAGGACGGUGCCGCCCCAGCCCAUGGAAUCGGCCACGGCCACCCUGCUCCUUUCAACGCCGAGGCGGGCAUCCUCCCGAGACGGUGGACCCUAGUAAACAAGAUUAGAGCCAAGAGCACCACCACCCCCGGUGCGCCGCAGGGUCAUAUCGGCAACGGGUCGGUAGCGUCCAACGGUAAGAUCGCUAUGGCAGGGGUAACGAGAAAACCAUCGAAACGGUGGCACAUGGUGAAGGCCGAGACGAACGCCGUGAAAGCCUACAGGAGAGCACAAGUGGCCGCUUCGACCAGGGCAGCGCGGCACAAAGCUAGCAAGAAGCAGUGGGGGGAGCUGAAGGUAGCAAGAAUCACCACGUCUUACUUGAUGAACGCCCUCAUGGUCGGUUCAGACGAAAUCGACGACGACGAACCCUCAUGCUCAGAAGGCGAGGAAAGAGGAGUCGGAAGGGGGGGGAGCGGCAACCGGCCCCGGCGUGGUCGGCGAGAGAUCGGAGAUGCGGCCGGGGGCAGUGCAUCCGAAAAUUCGUCGUCGAUAUGGAGUCGCACCGCCGAGCUCGGCAAGCUGUUCUUCGCCGGGAGCAUCGUCAUCGCCGGGCUGCAAGAACCAGUGCAGAAACAGCUGGCCGACCAGUUCGUCCGAGAUAUUCCGAACGUGGAAGUGCGCAUAGUCGCCGACGUUGCCAGCACGAUCCAGACAGUACAAAUUAUGCCCCCAUCGCUGGUACUGGUGGCGUGGGCAGCGUUCAGCUCUGCCAAGUUCGCUCGGGAUUUCUUGGGCGACGGUGCUCGCGGGCUGAGAGGGAUCAAGCCCGGUCUACCGGUGGCUGUGGUUGGAGGCGAGAAUGACGGCGAGGGUAUGCUGGAGACUUGCCUCAACGUUCGGCUUUGA